AUUUUAAAACUAGUAAAACUUUGGUCAGGUAGCAUUUAUAAAUUUUAUGAAUAAUUUAAUCAUAAAUAUGAUUUUUAGAAAGCCCAAUAAAAAUUCCAAAAACCCUUAUCACUCAAGUAGAGUGUUAGUGAAGCUUCCAUUGGUGGGUCAAGCUAUGCCUUUAAUCAAACCCCAAGAGCCACAAUUCUGGGGAACGUGAAUUACGCCCCAAACAGAAACAUCAAAAUCUCUGAAUAACAUGAGCCAAAUUCUGAAUCAUCAGAAUACUCAAGUUUUGACAGCAAAUCUACAAGGCACUUCAAAGGCAUCAUCUGCUGAGCAUCAGUCCUACCCCAGAGAUCCCGAAUUCAUCCCAUUUGAAACUUUGGAUAUGAAGAACUUGAGCGAGCAUUUGCAUAUCCAUUGCAACAAGAACACAGACGUCAAGACCAAUGGAAAGAUAAAAAGCAGAAAAGGACGUAAGAAAAAAAUUGUGUUUGACUACACCAACUUGUUUGAACUCAUCCAUAACCAUGUUAUUCCCAGAUGGAGAAAGUAUCUGACCAUGAAGUCGAUAAAAACUGACAGAAACAAGAGAGACAAGUCCAGAUCAGACACCAUCUGGAAGAAAGUCGUCAGAGAUGUCAGAGAGUUUUACAGAAUACUCUUCAGAAUGAGGUUUCACUAUCUUGAUUACAAAGAUCAGAAAGGCGCCACCAGGUGAAUGGAAAUCUUAUUUGAGGAGCUUGGGAUUCCAAUUGAAAGAGAGUACUUUGAUAAUAUGGCUCUCUUUGUGUUCCUUCAUCAGACUCACAAGACCACUGGAUACCGCCUAUUCAAAAACUUAGAUAAUGAAGGAGAGUCGUCUCCUUUUGAAGCGAUUGAAAACUUCAAUAGCAUCACCAAGAAAAUAUUUAUGUCAGAUAAACUUGCUGCAAGAUUAUUUUACUUUGUAUUUCAGAACUUCAUCGAAGACUACGUCCCCUUCACAAACACAAAGUACAGACAAAGAAUCGCAAGUUCAAUCUGCUUGGUACUAAAAUGCUACUCAAAGAUGAGCACCUACGACCAAUUACCAAGAGUCCAUCAUUUGCUAGUAUAA